CCAAGUCGGGUCUCCGGUGGGCAACUUCCUUCCGGCGGAUAUCACAGCGAAUCGGUAUCUACGAUCGCCCGUUUCUUCUGCUUCGGCCUUAUACGCGCAUAGGCACUUACUUACGUAGAAACGCGAGCUAAAAACUCUGCGGGAUUUUAAAGUAGAAAAUACUCCAACGCGUACGUACUUACCUACGCGCGUACGUUCUCCUUUUCCUACGGCUCCUUUUUUCCCGCGCGAACGAAACCAGAGAAAAAAAGAAUCUAGGUUCGCGUCACUCGGUAAAUAAUAAUUGAGAAAUUCUCGUUGAAACGAAGACAAAGCGCGACACCAAUGUCAGGCACGUAAGCGGGGAAGGUCGAACGAAUCUCGGGCGAGGCUUGAAACAAGGUUUUUCCUUUUACUUUCGUUAUUCCUAGCGUAAAACGUAGAAGAGGUUACGUUGGCCGUUGCGACAUAGACACAUAGAGGCGCGCUUUCCUUUUCCUUUGGCGAGCUCAUAAAUCUUUAAAGUUCCGUAAAACAUUAAAGGUUUCAGCAUUUCGAUCUACUCGAUGAUACGUUGAAAACCGGUUUAACGGGUUAUCCUCGCUUACGAUCGAGAGCGCAUACCUACUCGUGCGAUCUUAAUUAUUACCGCAUCCUCUUUUUAACGAAAUUCGCGGACCUAAUUCGCCCUAUUCGUUGGAGAAAAUGACAGAAUCGGGGAAAAUUUGAACGAGAGAUUUGUACCUUCGUCGUUCUCGAUAGAGAACCCGGAGAAAGUUCGGCCAGGCGCAACGAUUGUUAUCGGCUCGUUGGAAAACGUCUAAUGAGUUUUCUUUUCUUCCGGAUAUCAUUGCCUCAUCGCGCACGAAGGAAAGUCAUCGAGAAUUCCGUUGUAGUCGAGUAAAUAGCUUUGCUUCGACGAACAUCGAGAAAAAAUGCUUCUAGCAUCGUUCGAGAGGCUGGACUGUAUAAUUAGCUGAUGCAAAUGCGCUACGAGAAGCUUAAGGAGUCUCUCCUUUUGGUUUCGGCGCGUUCGCCUAGGUUCGGCCUUUCUCCAUUUCCUGUUCUAGGAACUACGUCAAAAUCGAAUAGUUGUUGCUUUCGUUGAAACGGCCAUUAGCAUCGCGCCUUGCGCGACUAUUGCUCAAUAAACGUAAGAGCAAUAAAGUGGCCGGUUAAUCGUAAGAAAACGUCCUCGAAACUCGCGACCUUUCGUUUUGCAACGAAUCUCCGUUGACGUUGGAACGUUGAAAGACCACUCGCAUAUUUAUAUACGUACGUAUUUGAUUCUUUCGCGAACUCUAGAGAAUACGUUUCUUCGGCGCUUCGUCGUGCUCGAGGAGACGAUCGAAACGAUUAUCGUUUCGCGACGUUGUAUCGCGCGAAAACGCUUCGCUGCGUGCGUCAUGAUAGACGGGAUGAGUUUUCCGUAAUUUUUCCUGCUUCGCUUCGAGAAGAACGUUGCGCGUUUGUCGAAAUGCUGCCAAUAUCGCGGAGUCCGCUACUUUGGGCGGUGAUUUCUCUUCGGGAGAAUCCCAUUCGGGGAACGUUGACCGUCGGGAAGGUUCAAGGACGGAUCGAUUCCGCUCUCCGCCUCGAGGUACGAACGUUCGCUUUGCGAUUUUGCAGAAAUGUCGAGCGUAAAAACGAUUCGACGUUCGAAAAUUCGAAAAUCGAUGCUGCGGGUCCGAAUUAACGACGCCUCGAGAAGAAAGACUAAAACUCUCGAAGGCAGUCGAAACGCGUCGACGUCUAGCAAGCGCGGAAUCGAGCGAAUUCCAACGAAAUCUUCGUCGGAAGAGAUUAGAUGACUCGCGAUCGAGACGGGGGAAUAUAUAUUUAACGGGUCUGUGAGAUUGCGUAAGGUGUUUUCGAUGUGACUAAUUCGCUUUACGCGGGGAAAAAAUGAAGAGAAAAACAAACGAGCGCGAUACGAACGAUCGGAUUUCUACGCCCAAAGGAAUAUGGACCGCCGAUGAUUCAAGGUCGUAGUGGAACGUAGAACUCGAGCGGUAGACGAUGAGUCGGUUUCUUUCGACGAAUCGAGAGAAUUCCAGGCCGGACCGAUCUCGGGUGUUAACGGAGAGGAAGGCAGCGCUCGUUUCUUCGUUAUUUCGAAGAAAAUCUACAGGAAAAUAAUCAACGUUCGCAAAGGAUGGCUUUGGUUCGCGGAGUCGACCGGUGUGGCGCCUACCGGAGAAGAGGGGAUUCCAAUAAAAAUACGUGCACUCGUACGCGUUCCUGAAGUGGGCAGAACGCGUUCGGCAGCUCUCAGUUUCCUCUACGUGCCUCGUUCGAUAAUGACAUCGACGAAGAUAUCGGGAAAUCGCGCGAAUAGCGUCCCAACCCGACUGUUCGCAUUCAUCUUUGCUUUUUAAUAAUUGUCACGAGUGUUUGUGUCCUGCUAUAAACUCUAGUUCCGUGCGAUAACGCUUUUUGCUCGAUCUUUCGUCAAAGAGAGGGCCGUCAUGGAAGGAAGAUCGGAAGACGUUCGCUUCGUCAAAACCUUUCAAAGACUACGUACGUACAAAUUACCGGCGGCGAAGAAACGGUAUUGUUUCGAAAGGAAAACGAGAGAAGCCAAAGAGGAGGAGGACGCUUCGCGAUGUUUUCUUAAUAGCGAAAAAGUGGUCAGGGUCGUCGGGGCGACGCCGGAUAAGACGGCAGGAGGGACGCAGCAGGAAAUUUCAAUAACCAGCGAAUCUCACGAGAUAUCACCGAGAAAGGGAAUAAUGGACGGCGAGAUCUGUCGACAAGCAUUGAUCGGCCUCGUAUGUAAUCUCCUGGUCAUCGAUAGCGGACUCCAAGAAGGCUGGAGUACUCCGACCAUUCCAAAGUUCACCACCCAGGAGGAUCCUCUGCGCGUGAAUAACGAUCAGAUCGCCUGGAUCGUCAAUUUGAUGUACGUUGGCGUCGGGCUCGGUUCCACGAUGCCGUUUUUUCUGAUGAAUCGUAUCGGCCGUAAGAAAACGUUGCUCCUAGCCGCGGUACCCAAAAUCAUUAGUUGGAUACUGAUUGGGAUAGCGACCGAUCGAGCGAGCAUCUUCUGCGGCAGAAUACUCGCCGGCAUUGGUUGCGGCAUUUCCUAUUCGGUAUUGCCGAUCUAUUUCGGCGAGAUAAGUAGCAAACGUACUCGCGGUCUCCUAGGCACGAUGAUGGCGGUUAACUUGAACGUUGGAGUGUUACUGAUCUGUUCCAUCGGCCUCUGGAUCUCUCGAUUCACGAUGUCGAUGAUAGCCGUGUGCGUGCCGAUCUUGUUUCUGGUAACGUUUGCCUGGCUGCCCGAAAGUUCGGUCUUUCUCACGCGACGAAACGAACUCAGCUUGGCGGAGAAGACUUUGCGAUGGGCCCUGGGAAAGGACGACAUCGACGAGGAACUCGAGGAAAUCCAAAGAACGUUGACCAUGGAAGAUUCCUCGAAAAAAUUGAAUUUCCUCGAGACCGUCAAAGAGACGUACAAGAACAAAGAAAACGGUCGAGCCUUCAGGAUAGUCUUAAUUCUGUACAGUGCUCUGACGCUCACGGGCGGGGCGCCGAUAUUGGCUUAUCAAUCGGACAUCUUCGAGAAAGCGAACUUCGAGGUAUCGACGAAUCUCAGCAUUAUCGUGACCGGUUGUACCAUCGUCGUCGCUGGCAUCGCUUGCGUCCUCUUAGUUCGCCUCACCGGAAAGAGAACGUUGCUUUUCGUUUCCGCGCCAACCUGUUUGUUCUCUCUGAUUACUCUAGCCAUCUUCUUCACCCUUCUCUCGGCGGGUUACGACGUCUCCAAGUUCAACUGGAUACCCUCGGUAUUCAUCAUGAUUUAUGUUCUUGGUUAUGGAUUAGCACUGAAUCCAAUGCCGCUCGCUUACCUCGGCGAAAUCUUCCCGUUCGAAAUGAAAAGAGCUGCCGCGAUAUUUACCUCGCUCUACUACGCUGGAACGACUACGGUGGUAAUCAAGUACUAUCAGGUCACGCAAGAUGUAUACGGUACGCACGUACCGAUGUGGACUUUUACUGUGAUAACUAUGGUUUUAUGGAUUCUGAUUUAUUUCUUCGUGCCCGAGACGGAGGGAAAAACGCUGGAGGAAAUACUAUUGGAACUGAAGAAUGAGAAGUAAAGGAUCGCCGAACGAAAUUGAGAAAUCCGUAUCUCAAAAUCUCCUUGCCAGAGUUGUUCUGCGCUCGUACAUGUACAUAAGUGUGAUAAAAGUGUAUCGUAAACAAACCGAAUCCAAAGUUUAGGAUUACUCGAGGUAUUCUAUGAAAUGGAACAUUUUCCGAUCGACGUGUAAAUAUAAGCGUAGUUAUAUGAUCAUCAGAAACGAAUAAAAACAAACUUGGUAAUAUCGGUCGAUCGUUCAUCCUCGCGGCAUCGAGCUUUUCCGCGAUACGACUCGAUGCCGAACAAUGGAACGACUCGAAUCGACUAAUUAUGUCAUUAUUUCGCACAGAGGCCGUAACCGAUAUUACUCAUCGAACCGAAAUCGAUUUUAUUCAAAUGGCAAAUUACUUUGACCACUACUUUUUUCGAAUCGCUAAUCGAGUCUAUCGCGGACUCUCCUUUAUCCCAAAAUAAUUAAAAUUCUUUCGUUCCGCUCUCCAUCCUUUCUCAUUUUUUCUUCCUUAUUUUUAUCUUCCUCCGAUAAAAUCGCGUUUAAUCGAACUGCACGGAUCGAUAAUAUAAGUGAGAAAAUGAGUAGGUAUGUUAGUCAUGUACGAAUCAUAAAAACCGGCUAUAAACUCGACUAUCGCAAUUAAUUAAUGGCAUACUUGAAAUCGAUGUAUUGCGUUGCUUAUAUACCAAGUCUUACUCGCCAGAUAGAUCAAGUUCCGUAGAUCCGUCGAUCCUCGACAAGCGAUAGGUACCUAUAUAUAAAAUCCCGUUACACCACGCGAUCGCAGCUGUUUCGAAUGUAAAGUAAUUCGAAUUCGUUUUACGAUCGCGACCACUUUCGCGAAUUACCAUAAACGUUUUCGGCAAAAGCAUCUCGUAGAAACGUCGCGAGUGAUCGCGUGCGCUCGUGAGUUACAUACGAGUACGUAAAUAAACGCGCGCGCGUACAUGUGCGUUGGCGCGGGAAGGUGCACUCAACCUACGACAAGAUCAAGAUUGAUAGACUACGAGUUGCAACAUGUACGAAGCAUCCACUUAGCGGUGCAUUAUCCGAAUGAGAACGUCUACGGCCUGAGUCUUAGCUAAUGCAACGCCUGCAAUCCGAGUAAUGGCAGCCACUUAUCUACGAAGGAACAACGAGUAACCCGUGUUAAUCGUCAAUUUAAAGUCGGCACGUUUGCGAUCCGCAGCGCAAACUCGAAUCUUUUCCGGAAAUCAGACCAUCUUAAUUAUCUCUAAUCUUUUAUUAUCUCUCUGGAAUCGCGUGAAGGAAAAUGCGAAAUUCUAAUGAUGAAAUUCAGAGAUUUUCAUUAUUGAAUUCUUUUAUUUUCUCUCUCUCUCUCUCUUUCUCUCUCUCGAAGAUAGACUAGAUUAAAUAAAGAAUAAAUAAAGAAAUAAAUAAAAACUAGUAUUUCAACGAAACUUUUAUGAUUUACUCGUAGAAAAUAUCUCGAUUCAUUGACAUUCGAUAAAAGGAAGAUCGAAAGAAACAAGCGACGCGUAAUCUUUCUGUUGGAAGCUCACAGAGAUUAACGGAGGAAAAAUCGUAAAUCAACUCUUAUUUUAAGUAUAAUACGAUCGAUAAUUUCGGGGUGAAUAAAUAAUGAACACGCUUGAAUAGCCAAAAGUGAUCUGAAUCGCGAUUUAAAAAAUGUUUCAUUCUUCCUCCGUGCCCAUUAAUAAAUAUUUAGAAAAUCAAUAACUAAAAUCACUUUGUGCCGUAAACGAAUAUUUCAUUAUUUUUGUGGCGAGUCGUACACGCGUUGUUGAAUCUUGGGUGCUCGCAAGAGAACUAUUUGUCGUCUGCUUGUUAGACUACCGUCGUAUUCCGGCCGCUACAUUAUUCACCGUGGUCGUGUAAUUAGGAAGCCGGAGACAAGUAUAUCAACGCGUGUGUCUCGCCGAGAUCUUACGUAUGUUUAUAUACAAGAGUUCUCUCUUUCUCUCUCUCUCUUACUCCCUGUAUAAUGUAUUUACGUGUUUUUCUUACGCGCAACGUGCUGACUCGAUAAACUAUUAUUCGUUGUAACACGUGUGAUAUAAGAUUAAUAAUAGAAUUAUGAGAUAUAAAACUACACAAAUUUUACAAUUCGACAACAAAUCGAUCGACAAAUUCUUCCGACGAUUAAUUAAAUAACAUUCAAGCAAUUAUUAUACUUUGAUAAAAUAAACGACGGAUCUGUCAAGCUUA